AUGGGUGCCUCAAAGAAGUGGAUCAAAGCAUUGAUUGGUUUCAAGAAACCAGAGAAAUCAAAAUGUUCGGAGAAGGAUGAAAAUAGAACAGGAAGCAUUGGCAAGAUUUGGCAUCGAAGAAAGCAUUCUGUUGAGAUUGAUGCCAACAUACUUCAAGAUGCGGCUACAUCAGUUAAAGAUGCCAACUUUCAGCAAGUUUCAGAUUCCACUAGCUCUCCUUCUACUUCACUUCAGGUGCAAAAUGCUGCUCAAGUUCAACAGAUAACGAGAGAAGAAUGGGCUGCCAUACACAUCCAAACAGCCUUUAGAGGAUUUCUGGCCAGACAAGCUCUACGCGCUUUAAAAGGAUUGGUGAGGCUUCAAGCUCUUGUCAGGGGCCAUGCUGUAAGAAAGCAAGCUGCUAUUACACUCCGUUGUAUGCAAGCUUUAGUAAGAGUUCAAGCUCGUGUCCGGGCGAGGCGUGUUCGUUUAGCAUUGGAGAGUGAAACAGAACAAGAGAAGCUUCAACAUCAACUUGAACACGAAUCUCGCGUUAAAGAAAUUGAAGAUGGGUGGUGUGACAGUGUUGGAUCUGUCGAAGAAAUUCAAAACAAAUUGUUGAAGAGGCAAGAGGCUGCAGCUAAACGUGAAAGAGCAAUGGCAUAUGCUUUGGCACGCCAGUGGCAGGCAGGGUCAAGACAGCGAACAACUUUGGCUGGUUUUGAACCAGAUAAGAGCAACUGGGGCUGGAACUGGUUGGAGAGAUGGAUGGCUGUUCGUCCAUGGGAAAACCGUUUUUUAGACUUCAAUCUGAAAGACGAAGUGAAGAUUAUAGAGAAUGGAUCAGCUGAUGCAAAUAAAGGGGCCAAAACCCAGUUAAUACCCACUGGAAAGAAAUCGGCAUCAAAUAUUGCAACUGAGAAAACUGUUCCAUCACGUUCAAGCAUUACCUCAAAUGAAAAAAGGGGUCUAUCACAUUCUGACGGCAGCAACUCUUCACCCAGCAAGUCAGCAAACGUGCAAGAAACGCCAGUCAUGCUAUUUUCUAAUACAAGGUCAAAACCAGUUCUUAAAGACUUGGUUGAGGAAACUACCUCUAAACCUGUUGCUGGUUCAAGAUCGCAUAGCAAUCCAAAAGAGAGAUCCACCCUUUCAGAUAAUAAACAAGAAAAGAAGCGAUUGUCUCUGCCAAGCAGCGGGCUAAAUCAAGGGUCUCAACCAACCAGGCAACCCAAUCGAACUGCCAUCAAAAGCUCGCCUACUGGCCAGAAGCCCGCGAGGAUAAAUCCAAGGCUCGAAGUUAAGCAGACGAGGAGUGCUCUUGAAAUAGGAAUGAUGGAAGUAGGGGAAAAGAAGUUUCAAAAGCGCAAUAAUAAUGAGAAGAGCUGGGUAGGGCGAACUCUAAUGAAGCACCCACAACCAGAUUAUUCAGUAGUCAAAGGAGAAAGGAAAUGCUACCGGAGCAAGCAAAAUAAGGUGUUGGAAUCGGUGACGGAGAUUACUGAUAUUGAGGCAGUUAUCGAACAAGCCAAUGAGGCCUAUCCCUUCUUCUCUGACGUUAAUUCCCCUGUCACCGUUCACUUCAAUUCGUGA